AUGGCUUGCCCUCCCAGCAAGCGUCUCCGAGGCCUGAACCAGGACGUCCCAAAGGUUGACCCGUUCGAGGCAGACCCUUUCGGGGACGAGGACGACUUCACUCAGGAUGACCUGGAGGAAAUCGACAUGAUUGCCUCACAGGCCAUCGCCUCGCAAGCCAUCUGCGCAGCGCACGCUUCGGCUUUCGGCUCCAAGGGGGCUGCCAGAACGGGAUCGGAGCUAGGGCACGGGUCGGGAUUUCAUCCAUCUGCCAGGCCGCCCUUGAGAGGAGAGAACUCAGGUGGCUUUGUGGGCAAGAGAGGACAUUUGGGAGCGACCAGUAGAGAGCUUCUUGGUGAUGUUUGUUCAGACAACAGGCCGCAGCAGAUUGCUGCAGGCGGAGAGGAGUCCUACACCCUGCUGGAAGCUCAGCAUGCGAGUCUCAGGAGGAAGCUAAAAGAAGUGGAAGAGGAGAUAGUGUCAAAAAACGGCGAGAUCCGAAUGCUCCGGGACUCGCUGAAAGGAGCCCAACAGGAGAAGGAGACGCAGAGGCAGACAUUAGCCCUGUUGGAGAAGCAAAAGGAGAGGGAACAAAGUGAGAAGGAGAAGGAGCUUAGCAAGAAGGUUCAGUCGCUGCAAUCGGAGCUGCAGUUCAAAGAAGCUGAGAUCAACGAGAUGAAGAGCAAGCUGCUGAGCGCCAACAAGCAUAAAGCCGCAAACAGCCCAAAACUACCCAACGGCCUUUCCCAGCUUCAUUCCUCUAGCAGCUCCGCGUCGCCGAAAGGAAGUGGGUUCAUCACCACGGAGACGUUCGCGGCACAGCUCACGUCUAAAAAUGCGUCGCUCAAAACACGCAGGGACGCUGUUGACAAACAAGAAGUAGCCUUUCCUGAUCCGUUCCGUGGUGGACAACCGCCACAUCGACAGCACCGGGGUGGCGUCCUAUUGGGGUUGCUCCUGCAGCAGCCACUUUUUCCCAGCAGCCUUUGCCUCUCGCACUUGCUGUCAAUGAGUUUGAGUGACGCCUGCUUGACAGCUAGGCAAGACUUGAGUGGGGACGGGGGUCUCGCAGUCCCCCGAGCGAGCCUCAAUCCAGUCCAGAGCCUGGCAGUAACAGGACUCAACAUGCUGAGUCAAAGUCGACCUGGGGCAUCCAAAGCUGUACAAGAACACGGGUGUCCUGGCGCUGUACUUCUUCUCCCACUACUGGACAUGCAUUUAUCCCGCCUCUGCCAAGUUUUAGACGCACAUGACGCGGCGUCUGGGUCUCAGCCAGAAGGGCAAUUCGUCAAAACAGGGAGGCCGGAUGAGGCGGUAGUGAGCGGCGUUAGCCCAGAAGACGCCGGACUGGCAGCGCUGAGGGUCCUUUACCUGCUGAUAGAUCACAGUGAUGAGGUUGUCCAGUCGGUUCUCGCAACAAAAAGCGGAGGCAUGGAAAACCAGACCGGCGCCUUUAACACAAGCGAGCAACUACUUUCCCACAAUGCCUUGCUGCAGUCCGUUUUGCACCUCUGCCGUUCCACCCGAGCUGAAAAAGAGUCAGAGAUCGUCAUCGACGCGGUGAAGGCCGUUAGCGUUCUGAUUGAGAGGACGCCAGACACGCAUGUUGACCAACUGCCACCCAUUUUGCGGGCGUUGUGCGAGUGCGUGUCGGCCCACGACGAGCCGUGUUUGCUAUCCAAAUGCGCCGCCGCGUUAGCUUGCACGUGUGACCACACCACGCUAACUCGACAACUCUGCUCACAGCACGAACCCUGCGUCAUAUUAAAGCUGCUGCAGCAGGUGCGAAACAGAACCGGCAAGCGGGCGUCGCACGAUGAACUCAUUCUGCUGGAUCUGCAGGUUGUUCGAUUGUUGAACCGUCUCGCGCAGACAGAAGAGAACUGGCAGAGUAGUAGCUGCCCAUGUUACACUGAGGUGGUUCAGACGACAGUGAUCCUCCUCCACCGUCAAUGGUUGGGGCUCCGCGACUCUCCCACGGCGACGGAAACGUCGCCCGAUGCCGACCCCUCGCGGUCGUUGCUCAGGGAGUGCGUGCUCCUACUACACCGGCUUCUUCACCAUCAUGCCGGAUUCUCGGCCAGCUGCCGGCCCUUGCUGCACAUGUACGACCAGGUUAUCCCGGCGUUGAAGGACACCCUCAGGAAGAUCCCCGACCUGAACGAAAGCGAAGAACUGGCCUUGGAGGAAAUCUGCCGUCCAGAAAGCGACGACAACGAUGACAUGGACACCGAUUCUGGCUCCUGA